GCGCAUUUACUGUUCUAGUUUCGAUUUCGCCACUACGUUUAAACGAACAACGAAAUUGUGGAAACCCAAUAUUGGGACAUGGCCCGCAAACAAGGUGAUGUUGUGAUAAGUGUCAAUGUUGGUAAAGAAGGCGAUAAAGACGCCAAAUUUCCUUAUCGCAAAGGAGCCGAGAAAGAAAAAGCCAACCUUGAGAAGGUAUUUGUUGAUCAUUUCAAGUUUGAAUAUCUGAAUAGAGACGUUCUUAACGAUGACCUAUCGCGGACACAGUGGGACCAUGACUUGGAUGAGGUGAGAAUGGACCCGAACAGGAGAACCAACUGUGACGGAAAAUGCCUCAGAUGUCUAGUCGAAAAGAAAGCAGACCCGAAGUCUAAAUAUUUUGUGCUUGCUUUAACCUCACAUGGUUACACAAGCGAUGGUGAACUAAAUAUUUUAAUGCCCGGCGAUAACUCCUUUCUAGCACUAACAGAUGUUAUUAUGACUCUGAAGUCAUCGAAGAAAUUAGAGGAGAAGAUAGUCAUUAUUAUUGUAGAUGCUUGUAGAGUUACCAGAGAUGAAAAAAGCACUGAAGACCCAGGCAUAUCGGUUGUUUGUGCAAUAGAUACACCACCAAACGUCUUAUCGGGUGCUUUAGAUUCACAUAGAUUUGGUGAAAUCCCCGCUCAGACAAGUGGUCAAUCAGGAAUGUCAAUGACCAAUCUAAGAGUUCUCCCAGCUGAGCACGAAAAGGAAAGCAACCAGCUUGGCAUGUUAUUUGACCUUCCAGAGAACUACAUAGUAAUAAAUGGGACAACGGCAAACAGACCAUCCUACCGUUGCCCAAUAAAGGGCUCUUGGUGUGAAGACGCUCUUGUUGAGGAGGUACAGAAAUAUGUGAACGCAAAGCAGACAGAAACAACAGAGGUCAAUUUCCUACAACUUCUUACAAAGACCAACCAGAACGUGGCAGAGCGCGAAGUGAGAUCACCCACCGUUCAGACCACAGCAGCAGAUGCUAUAGCUAAAAAGGAGUUGGCAAAAGGAAAUACCAUUAUGCAAGUUGAAGGAAGACUGGAAUGUCCGCAACUACCGGUAGAUGUAACACACACGGCAGCUGGUGUGAAGGGAGCGGAGACACCGUGUCUUUCUCAUGAAACAACAGCCACUGCCUCUACUAAUGUUGUAUCUGACCAUGGAGCAACGGUGGGUUCAAAAUGUUGCAUACAAAUCGUACACCGCCUCACGGAGACGAUCACGUUUAAGUUGUAAACGGAGUAGGAAUUCGACAUGAUAAGCUGUUUAGAAUAUAUAUAAUAAAUAACAAUAGUAAAAUUCCAAAGUGACCAAGUAUCUGCGAGAAGCGCUGGCCCUUUAUUUAAGUAAUGUGAUAAAUUAUCUUAAGUUGCUACGUCAUAUAUUGAGGACAUGACAGAAAUUAAAGGCAUCGAUUGAAUAAAGUGUAGACCAAGACCAAUGGUGUCUCUCGCCGGGCUUACUGAAACAAGCAGAACAUCCUCAAUCUGCGCAGAAAGCGUUAAAUAUUUUAUUAAAUUUAUUUUCUUUCAUUUUAAACGAAACUCAACUAGAACUAACACGUAGAUUGUUGUUUCUAAAAAACGAACAAAUUUUCUAUUCCGGAGUCUUCUUGCUCACAGGCAAAAACUUGAAAUAACACGAGUUCUAAGUGUUUAUGACUAAUGUCUCGCGGUUAGAUUUAGGGAUCGAUUAUGGCUUAUCGAUUUAAAAUAGCAACGAACAUAUAUCAUUCCAAAAAAUCUUAGUCUAUUUAGGAAGGACGGUCUUCAAAAGGUGGUUUCAGUCCAAUAUAAAGUGUUUUAUUAUUUAACUAUAUAUACAUAUUGCAUUCUC